AUGAUCAGAGCGCCAGGAUCGCAAGCUCAGCUUGCACGCUCCGCCCUCGGCGGCGCCUCCACCGCUUCUCGCCUCGUGGCCACGCCGAGACCAGCACGUCUUGCGUCGGCCCUCGUCAUUCCCAGCACCAUUUCCCAACCCAGCAGGAGCUUCACUGUCUCCUCCGUCUUCCGUCAGGAUGCUCCCGCCGCCCCCGCCGCUGUCGACACCGACGCCACUCCCGCUCCCGCUCCGGCACCUGAGCAGCUGCCCACCUCGGGUCGCAGGAAGCGCGGCACCAGGCAGCUCAGCACCGAGGCCGAGGACGCCAAGCUGCUCUCCACGUGGGGCACGCGCGAUCCAGACGCCAAGAUCCCGCCGAGAUUCGAGCAGCUCGCCGCCAAGUACCUGCUCAAGUGGGGCUGGUUCGACACGCACGAGUCGCGACACCACCAGCUUGUGGAGGCGCUCAAAUCCGACCGCUUCCCCGAGUGGCUCAGGGAGCACUACGAGCUUGCCAAGAGCUUCCGCUCGGCGCGUGCGCGUCUGUGGACGCCCAACGAGGCCGAGAUCCGCGCGUACGCCGGCGUAAAGGACGCCGACCCCAACAAGUGGCUCGACGGUCGUAUUCAGGGCGAGCGUCAGGCGGUCGAGGAUCGCGGCAAGGCCCAUCAGCUGGAGUCGUGGGACUUGAUGGACUACGAGCAGCAGGCGGAUUAUGCGCUGCGCAAGGUGUGGAGCAAACUGUCCAAGGAGCAGCGUGCAGCGGCUAUGCUGCGUGUGCGCUACGACUGCAUCCGCAAGCUCGGCUGGAGGCAGGGAUACUCGUCGGGCUACCCGCGUCCCGAGGGCGAGGCCGGCACGCAUCUGCCGGACAAGCUCGGCAUGCAGGGCGACGACGGCUGGGCGGCGUUCCGUAAGCUACAGGCCGACGAGGAGCCGCUGGCGUGGGAGGCGUGGCAGCAGCUGUCGGCCGACGAGCGCAUGGCCGAGGAGAAGGCGGCGUGGAAACUGCGCGACCGCUCGCAGCUGUACAUUGACGAUAGCGAGGACUCGAUGAUCCUGUCGUCCGUUGCACCGCGGUGGUAUGCUGAACCGGAGCGUGCGGGCGAGCUGACGUUCCUGCCCAACACGAUCGUCAAGCUGGUCAAGAACCACACUCUGCCAGGGCAGGAGUACGAUGCGUUCAAGGCGACGUUCCGCGUGCCGCUGAGCAUGCACAAGCACGCGCUGCGCUCGUAUCUGCUUUCGAUCUAUGGGCUCAAGACGACGUGGGCGCGUUCGGCGAUCUACCGCUCGCCCGUCACGCGCGACAACCGCACGGGCAAGAAGAUCACCGGUCGCGGCAGGACGUACAAGAAGGUCGAGGUGGGACUGUUGGAGCCGUUCCUGUUCCCCGAGGUGUCGCCCGAGUUCCAGAAGCAGCAUCUGCUCACGAGCGAGCUCGACUACGAACGUGCGCGCGUGUACCUCAAGAUGACCAAGUCGCCGCGAUGGAGAGGCAAAAAGUCGACGCAGCAGUACGAGGACGAGAUCGCCAACCGCGAUGCAGGCAUGUACCACGGCCUCGACGCGCUCGCGGCCGAGGGCGUCAAGGAUGCAAGGAGGGAGGAGGGCGACAAGUUCCCCCGCUUCAUGGUCAAGACCAAGGGAUUGCCCAGUGCCAAGCACGGCAAGAUCCUCCAGCUGCUCGCCCAGGAGAGGAAGGACAAGGAGGACCGAAUCAAUGCGCUCAUCCACCAGUACAAGCACGAGGCAAGUGUUGCCUCCUCCAAGUCGUAG